AUGCGUUCAACAUUUGUAUUCAUUGCCUGUAUAACGGCAUACUCUUUUGCGGCACCGGCAUUCUUCGACAAUGCAUACAACUUCUCAAACGACCUAUCUGAGUGCCUGGGGAGAGUGAGCAAGCAUAUCGAGCACUCCAAGGACAUACUCAACACGGCCACGUGCGACACAUCCAGCGUUGAACUGCCGGCACAGGCGUCCGGGUUACCCUCUCCCUCAGAUCAGAAGCUUCUAUACGUCGCACUUGGGCGCGGUACACAGUUCCGACGGUCACUCAAGAAAAAUCUCGACCGCAACAACGACGAGCAGCACGGCCUCGACCGAUUACUGAAAGCAAGUGCAAGUGCGAUAAUUCUGCACCAGCUGCUUCGAAAGGUCCAGUGA